AUGGGGCUUUUAAAUAAAAUCAAAUCUUUCUUUGGUCGUGUCUUUAAAAAGGCACCGACCAAUACUCUUUAUUGUUCACCUCCAGUGAACUCUCUUCCUUCUUCCCAAAUCCCCGAAAUGGCCAGAUCUUUACCAAUUGACAUCCCAUCCCCACCAAACUUUAACUUUGAUGAAUGUGAAAAUCUUAAGGCCGGAUGGAAUCAUCUCAAGAUGCUUCCAUCCCCUUUGGCCAAUCCUGAUGAAGAAAUUUGGGUGGAAUCACCAUGUACCUUGGGAGGGAUGAAGCCCAUAAAGGCAAAAUUAUGGCGCUAUUAUCCCUAUGGUAAAGAUCAAUGGCCAUAUGAACAAUCACCACCUGAAAGUUUUGGGGAAUUCAAUGCUGGAUAUUAUUGGGAUAUUCCUGGUAAGGUAGGGGAACAAAAAUGGGAUAGAUACCUUGCCAGGAGGGAAAAAGAAUUGAGGGAGGAGUGGAAUGAUAAAGACAAGUAG